CGCCUCCCCCACCGCGCAUGACCGACUGACCCUCCGCGACGCCCUUCCAUGGCAGCCGGCGCGCCCGCGCCAGAAAUUUCUUACCAUUUGUGCAGCCGCGAUCCCUCCGCGCACGGGCGACUCCUUCCCAUCUAUGCCGACGCAUCCAUGGCAGCCGUCGCGCCCGCGCCAGAUAUUUCUUCCCAUUUGUGCAGCCGCGCCCGCAAAUCUCGCCUCCCCACGACGCCCUUCCAUCCAUGGCGUCUCGACAUCCUCCGCUCCGCUCCUAGCCCACAACAUCUUUCUUCCCAUCCUCUCCCUCAAAGAUCUCGUCCACUUGGUCUCGCGGCUGCCUUCCCCAACAGCGUCUGCUCAAGGGCUCCGGGCGCUGUCCUCGGGAGAGUACCGCGUCUGCGGGGUGCUCAGCAGCAGGGAGCUCCACUGCUGGCGUUGGCGCGGCCUCAACAUCUCCAGGGACCUCCGGUUCGCCGUCGCCGCCGUGGGGGACAGCUUCGUGUGCGGGAUCCUCAAAGGGACGCCGGCGUCCAUCCGUUGCUCCGGGAACGACACGGCGGCAGCCGCUGUCGCCGGAUUCCACCAUCCGCUGCUUCGGCGACGGCGUGGCCGUGCCGCCAGCCUGACUCGUGCGCGCCCAGUUCCUCGACGUGCGCGCGUACGACAAGGCCUUUUGUGGCGUGUUCAUGGCCAACUACUCCCUGGUCUGCUGGGCCCUGGUCUGCUGGGGCGAACCUGAGUUCAACGCCACCAACCGCCUCGUCUUCGGUCGCGUCUUACCGGGCCCCUGCCUGCCCAUGUCCUUGUGCCAAUGCGGCGUCUUGCCGGGCUCCGCCAACCUCUGCGACGAUGGCCGCUGCGUCUGCGUCGACUGCGCGUUCGAGCUCAACGUCGCCAGGCCCAACGCAUCGCUCGUCCCCGUGAAGGGCGACAGGAGUAGGAGGACCAUGUGGAUUACCAUUGCAGCGGGGCCGCCGCUUUCCUUGUCUUCUUCGUGGCAUUGCAGUUCACGCUGGUCCUGUGGUGUCACCGGCGCCGCGCCGCUGCAGGAACGAACAGGAUACCUCCGGUGGUGCGCAGCAGUUGCUGAUGCCGCCGAGGGUCGGGUCCAGCAGGAGUAGGGGGCCUGGCAGCGUGGUGGUGGAGAACUUCACGCUGGACAUGCUCCACGCCUCGACGGACGGGUUCUCCGACGACAGCCAGAUCGGGACCGGCAGCUUCGGGUCCGUGUACCGUGGCACCCUGCCCGACGGGCGCGAGGUCGCGAUCAAGCACAUCGAGGACUCGGCAAAGGCAUCAAGCUCAGUGGCGUGGCACUGAGACCGAGAGACGGCGUUCGACUCGGAGCUGACCGCGCUGGCGCGUGCCAACCACAAGAACAUCGUGUGUCUGCUGGGCUGCUGCGCUGACUCCGGCGAGCGUGUGCUGGUGUACGAGUUCAUGGCGAAUAGCACGUUGCACGACCAGCUCCACAGUCGCAGCCCCUUGGCGGCGGCUGUGUCGUCGUGGCGCGGCCACCUGACCAUCGCGCUUGGUGCAGCGCGGGGCAUCGAGUACAUCCUGCUCGAUGACGCGUGGACGGCCAAGAUCGCCGACUUCGGGCUGUCCUCCCAGUGCCAGCGCCGGCACGCCGCAGGAGCCGCCCUACACGGGGGGCAUGGUGGGGUACAUGGACCCGGAGUACUACCGGCUGUAGCACCUGACGGACAAUAGCGACGUGUACAACUUUAGCGUGGUGCUCCUGGAGCUCGUGUACGGCUGUCGCGUCGUGCAGCGCUACGCCGAGAGCGUGACGUCCAAGAACGUGGUUGAGUUCGCGGUGCCGC